GUCACGCAGUGCAGUGGAUUCGCUUCAUGAAUGACUACCUCGUCCUCAUGAGCGAGUUGAACUACAAGGUCAGACAGCUGACUGAGGAAAACAAGAAGACCAGGAAGUCGCAUGCUCAGCGAUGCCUGGAUCGGGAACUGCAGGAUCGUCAGAGCCAAACACCGACUCACUACAAUAGGACAACGACGCCAGCUCGCUACGCACGGCAUGCCUUGGAAUCAGCGUGA